CAGGAGGAAAACCGAACUUGGAGGAACCAGAGACGUCCGAACCAGCAAGACGACACCUCUGCUCCCAGAUUGGAAAGAGUUUUACCAAGUUAGGAAGCCUGAACAGACAUGAGGGGACCCACACUGGAGAUGGGGAAAGUGACACAGAAUUACUACAGGACGAAGACGAGUCACUGAGCGAACACAGCUUUGACUCCCAGACGGAAGAUAUGUUUCUACAUGGCGAGGACAUGGUUUUGGACUGUGCCAGGGACUCGGAUGAACAAUGGGAACCCCCAAUGUCAAGGUGUCCAUCCACCACUAAUUCAGACGCUGAAGCUGGUUCAUCCAGCCGGACCCCUGCUGCCUCCGGCUCCACACCUUCCCCCGCCCGGCCAUCUAGAGGUGUGAAGAGGCCAGCCCAGAAGCGGAGGAGGGCUAGUGAACCGGCGACAACUACCACCGAGGCAGAGGACCGUUGGCACACUGUGCUAGAAGAUGAUGUGGAGCCACUUCCACCAACAUUUAGACCGAAAAGGCAGCCAGGACCUCAGCUGGACAUGACUGCAGAGUACAGCCCCCGUCAUCUUUUCCAGAUGUUUUUCUCCUUGUCCGUUCUUGAUUCGCUGGUUUCUAACACCAACAAGUAUGGGGCUAAGAAACAAGCAGGCAAGACAGAGGCAUGGAAGCCCAUUUCCAUCCAAGACCUGUACUGUUACAUCUCAAUGGUUAUUUACAUGGGGUUGGUGAAGUUGAAAACCCUGAAGGACUACUGGAAAACGUCACCUCUCUACCAACUGCCUUUCCCCACCACUGUCAUAUCCUGUAAAAGGUUUCUGACUAUCUCACGGGCGCUUCAUAUCAGUGACCCACAAGUUGACAAGGUCAAUGACAAGAAGAGAGGCACAGCAAGCUUUGAUAGGCUCUGCAAAAUCAAACCUCUCUACUCCAGCAUGGUUGAGGCCUGCAAGACCCAUUUUCAGCCCAACCAGAACCUGUCCAUAGAUGAGAGGACGGUAGCCUCAAAGGCUAGAAUUGGCCUCAAACAACAUAUGCCUAACAAGCUGUGUGGGUACAAACUCUUUGUUUUGGCCGAUUCUGUGUGUGCCUACACUUGGAAUGUGUUUGUUUGUGAGGGGGAAAGCAGUUUUGCGACCGGUAAGGGACUCAGUUAUGAUUCCGUUAUGGAGUUGUUGGAUUUUCAGCUGCUGGGGACGGGCUACAAACUGUUUAUGGACAACUUCUACACAAGCCCUACCCUGUUCACAGACCUGAGGAAGCAGGAUGUGUGGGCUUGUGGCACCAUCCGUACCAACAGAGAGGGCUUUCCGAAAACCAAGGUGAACGACAUGCCUAAGAGGGCAGAAAGGGGGACCAUGCGAUGGAUUCGUAAACACGACCUGCUCUUUGUUAAGUGGAUGGACACCAGAGAGGUGGUCAUGUGCUCCAGUAUCCACAAAUCCUUCAGUGGCGAUCACGUCAACAGGCGUGUGAAGGAUGCCAAUGGUGCAUGGGCCACAAAAAGGGUCCCCAUUCCUGCUGCUGUAAAGGACUACAACAAGAGCAUGGGAGGUGUGGACAAGUCAGACGCUCUGAUAGGCUACAACAAUGGUCUUCACAAGACAAUGAAAUGGUACAGGACAUUGUUCUAUCACUUCAUUGACAUUGCUGUGAUGAAUGCAUUCGUCCUUCAUAAGGAAAUGGCUCAGAGCUGUGGACAGACCUCCAUGAAACCGCUAGCCUUCAGAGAGCUGCUCAUCCAGGAGCUUGCUGGCUACAACAUGUCCACUGCAUCACAUUAUGUCCCUUCUACUCAUGCCGCCAGUGGUGUUCACAUUCCCAAAUUCUUAUCUGCAGGCAUGAAUGUGCCUCGGGGUAAAAAGGGCACAGUGGGGAGGCGUCGUUGUGUUCUGUGUCACAGGAAAUGCGCUGUCGCCUGCACCGCUUGUUCUGUUACCCUCUGCUUUACACCAGAAAGAGACUGUUAUGGGCCUUGGCAUCAGCAGCAGGAUAUUGUGUAGAGGACUGAGGAUCUUCCAAAUACUGUCAUUCUAAAGUGUGUCAUUUGGAUUAUUAUUUUUUCAUUUUUUUUUGGGGGGGGGGGUGUUAGCAUAGCAUUUUUGUAUGUUGUAUAUAGUUAUUUGCUUGAAAAUGUAUCACUUUACCAAUUUGGCCACUUGGGUACAUUUGGGCAACUGGUGUGGGACACCCGGGUGACUUCAUUCUAAAUGUCAUGUCGCUCGCUCAUUCCUGACGUUACCAGUCUAAAACUUUACACACACACACACUGAUGCCAUCUAGUGGCCAAAAUCGAAAUAGCGCCUGUGCUGGAAUAAUACAGUAUGGCCUUUCUCUUGCGUUUCAAAGAUGAUGUUACAAAAAAAAAUGAUUUUUUUGAUCAUCCUUGAGAUGUUUCUACAACUUGAUUGGGGUAAAUUCAAUUGAUUGGACAUGAUU